GACCAAACGGAAAGGGCGCGCUCCAAAGUCGAGACAAAUCCACGUGCUGGUGGUGGUUCCGGAGGGGGCAGUUGGUUCAGCGAGCGAGACUUCCAGGAUGGAUCAAGUGGUCCAAGAGGUGCACGAAAUUCAUGCGCAAACUGUGCUGACCAAGCGCAAGACAUAUGUCCACUCGAAGGUGGGUUCGACCGAGUACAAGGAACUUCUGGACGCCUUCAACAUUAAGGUGCAACCUGUGCGUAAAGCUGCUGCUAAGUGGGGUGAAGUCAAGGGGUUCACAUGGGACAUGAAACUCAGCGAGGAGAAGCAGAAAGAUGAAUAUCGCGAGUAUGUUGACAGCAACAUUGGCGAGCUUCUCCAGGAGGAGAAGCUUUGUGUGUUCGGUGUGGAAAAUACGACAGAUAUUCUCCGAGUUGUUGUCAACGGCUCCAACAUUGAGCUCCGGGGUCGCACCGCUCUUCUCAUACUCAGUGAUAUCGUCAUGGAGAGCGCGGAUUAUGCGCUGGACUUGCCUGAAGUGAAGAUGCUGAUUGAAGUGAAGAAAAAGGUUGAAAGACAAUCUGUCUUCCAGGCGAUGUCAGAGCUAAUUGCUCUGGCUCUGCUUGCCGACGACCCAGUGGUUGCACUGCUUACUGACUUCAACGGCGAUUGGCGAUUCUUCUGGGUCGCCGGGAAGGAAAACAAUACCACUUGCGUCAACAAAGUGAACAUUACGAAUCCAGGUGAAGCUUUCGAGUUGAUCAGGCAGCUACUGAAGCCUACGGAUAUCAUGACCCCAGUGCUUCAAGACCCUGUGAAGCGCCAGAAGUUAUCCCGGGUGUUGCCGUCCAUCAGCGAGUCCAGUGAAAGUGGCGGGAUUCGUGAGAGCAUCGAACGAUACUAUGACAUCGCCAGUUGUUUAGGCCCCGACUUGGACAUGGCGCGUGCUGUGGCUAGACAGGUCACUCGAUCUAUUCCCACGUUAAGUUAUUUCAGCUAAUUCUUGCUUUGGCAUGCUGCAUUAAUAAUUUUUUU